AUGACAGAGUCCAAUAACCUCACCUAUCUGAUCACCGGGGCCAGCCGAGGCAUAGGCCGGGGCUUGACAGAAACCUUCCUAUCACGAUCAAACACGACCGUCAUAGCUGCCGUCCGCAACCCCUCCAGCCCCCAAAGCCAGUCCUUAUCAAACCUACCCACCGGCCCCGGUUCUCACCUCAUCAUCGUCAAAAUUGACUCUAAAGUCCCAGAGGACCCCGCUACCGCCGUUCAUAUUCUGCAGCACGAGCACGGCAUCAAUCAUGUGGACACUGUGAUUGCGAACGCAGGCAUAAGUGAUGACUUCUCCCGGGUGGACAGCGUCCCCCUCGACGUCUUCCGUGAGCAUGUCGAGGUGAAUGGCUUUGGGCCUCUGUAUCUCUUCCAGGCGGUCUAUCCCCUGCUUCUUGAGAGUGCCCGGCCUACCUUCGUCGGAGUUGGCAGCCCCCUGGGCAGCAUUGGUGGGAUGGAGCAGCGUCCCUAUCCAUGUACCGCUUACGGGCCGAGCAAGGCUAUACUUCAUUGGAUAGUUCGCAAAAUUCACUUUGAGAAUGAGGGUUUUAUUAGCUUUGUCGCAGAUCCUGGAUUUCCCGACACGGACAUGGGGAAUGCGAGUGCACGCAAGGUCGGGCUGGAGAGGGCUUUUCAGACAGUUGAGGAGAGUGUUGGUGGCAUUGUCAAGCUGAUUGAUGGUGCCACGCGCGAGUCUGCGGGAGCCCAGUUGCAGGUUUGGGAUGGUACCGUUUUUCCCUGGUGA